AUGCCGAGCGGACCUAGAUCACGAGGGUGCCAGACUUGUAAGGACCGCAAACUAAAAUGUGACGAAAACUGGCCAACGUGCACACGAUGCGCCGUUAUGAACUCGCCCUGCCCGGGGCCAACAUCGCUGGUCAAGUUUGUUACCAAGAAACCCCGUGGCGCGAGGGCAUCAAACGCCGGCGGCCAAUCUUCGACAGGAGAGCCUCGGCAGAAUACAUUCAAGAAGUCUCAUCGUCCCAUUUGGUUUCACAGCAUCUAUCAGUCGGAUUACCAGAAGCCCCGGCCCAACCCAACGACUCGCUAUGAUCACAUCGCCCUACGGCUGGUCAGUACCUUGGAGCGCGGCCCGCAGGGGAUCACUACGCUGAGCAUGAGCUAUUUGCCGGAGCUUCCGGCUCGUCUUUCGGAGAGCAAGUGCCUACGAGACUCGGUAGACUUGUUCUGCUCCGCCUUGAUUGAUUUCCGGAACCAUAAGCCCGAAGGAGAGCUGCACGUACUGGCCCAAUAUGGCAAGGCGCUACGAAGUUUGCGAAUGGCACUUCUUUCAAAUGAAGCUGUCAAGCCGGAAACGAUGGCGGCAAUGGCGCUGAUAGAACGCAUGGAACGAUUGUUCAGACGAGGCACCCCGUCUAAUGUGCACACCAAAGGCAUCUUACAAGUGGUUAAGAUGAAGGGACCACCCAAGCUAAAGGACCACCUGGAUGUCGCGGUGGCGAAUGAGCUGUAUGGCAUACUGUUGAACGACUGGUCCCUGAGAGACAGUUGCAGCUUUUUCAAUGAGCCCAGUUGGCAGGUGGCAAUAGACCAAGGUAUAGAGCAGUUCAUGAGCGAGGUGGACAUGGGGCCGUUCUCAAAACACGAUACAUUCGAGUUCGUCGAAUGUAGUAAGCAACUGCAUGCUUUCAUGCUCGAGUUCAACCAGCUCAGCAAUCAGAGCCACACGACCGAAACAAAGCUAGGCAUCGAGUCUUUGUGUCGCAGGGUAUCCGAAGUAGAAGUUGCGCUUGCGAGAAUCGUAGCGGCAGCAAAAAACAGCACUUUGAAACAAGGCGCCAUGGUCGAGAAACCGGACCCGGAAUCACCCUUGGGGACGAAGUACGAAUUCAGAUCUCCGAAUUAUGGCAUGGUAUAUCUAGGGGCCAUAUCGGCUCAAAUCGGCCUUCUUCGCAUACUCUAUGACUCUGCCGUGAUCGUUGGAACUUCAGACGCUGGAACAGCUGAUCAACGUCUGCGAGAGCGUUGUCGCGAGAGCUGGAAAUGUCUCCCUUACGUCCUAUCUUUGGAGUCUAUCGUGGCAGAGAAUUUUAUGGGCCCACUUUACGUUAGCUAUGAGGCUGCCAACGAGGAGGAAGAGGAGUAUCUGUUGGACGCGGUGGAAUACAUAGAUCGUUAUGUGAAGCGAUUUCCAUCUGAUAGGAGCCAAAUACGUCAGAUCAUGGUUGAGACUGCGAAGUUGAUGACGGGGCGCGCAUCUCAGCCAAAUUUAGGAUAA